AGCAGCGCGGAAGGUUUAGGCCAACUGCACGCAGGACAACAGCUACCCGUCCGGGAGUCUCACCGGCUGGUUUGGCUGUUUCAUUCCCAUUAGGAUAUCGACACGUUGGUCAGGCUUCUCCCGCCAGAAAAAAAAGGAUUCGCCGUUUUAAUUUCAGGUUUGGAAGUCGCUCAGGCUGAGGGAUUGAUAAAGAUGGCUACCCAGUCUGACCUGAUGGAGCUCGAUAUGGCCAUGGAGCAUGAUCGUAAAGCUGCUGUAAGUCAAUGGCAGCAGCAGUCUUACCUGGAUUCAGGUAUCCACUCUGGGGCCACUACCACCGCACCAUCGCUCUCAGGGAAGGGCAACCCUGAGGAGGAAGAUCUGGACAACCCGGUUCUCUAUGAGUGGGAGCAGGGCUUCAACCAGCCCUUCACACCUGAACAGGUGGCGGACCUGGACGGGCAGUAUGCCAUGACCCGUGCCCAGCGUGUCCGUGCUGCCAUGUUUCCUGAGACUCUUGAUGAGGGCAUGCAGAUUGCUUCAACUCAGUUUGACUCUACGCACCCAACCAACGUACAGAGGCUGGCUGAACCUUCCCAGAUGCUCAAACAUGCCGUGGUCAAUCUCAUAAACUACCAGGAUGAUGCUGAGCUGGCCACUAGAGCCAUCCCUGAGCUCACUAAACUUCUCAACGAUGAGGACCAGGUGGUGGUGAACAAAGCCGCAGUGAUGGUGCACCAGCUCUCUAAGAAAGAGGCCUCUCGCCACGCCAUUAUGCGCUCCCCACAGAUGGUGUCCGCCGUCGUGAGGACCAUGCAGAACACCAAUGACGUAGAGACUGCCCGCUGCACUGCCGGCACCUUGCACAACCUAUCACACCACAGAGAGGGGCUUCUCGCCAUCUUUAAGUCAGGUGGAAUCCCUGCCCUCGUCAAGAUGCUGGGGUCUCCUGUGGACAGUGUGCUGUUUUACGCCAUCACCACCCUGCACAACCUCCUGCUUCAUCAGGAAGGUGCAAAAAUGGCUGUUCGUCUAGCUGGAGGCCUUCAGAAGAUGGUGGCCCUGCUCAACAAGACCAACGUAAAAUUUCUGGCCAUCACCACAGACUGCUUGCAGAUCCUAGCUUAUGGCAACCAGGAGAGCAAGUUGAUCAUCCUGGCCAGUGGAGGACCUCAGGCUCUUGUGAACAUCAUGAGAGCAUACACGUAUGAAAAACUGCUCUGGACCACAAGCCGUGUGCUCAAAGUGCUGUCUGUCUGCUCUAGUAACAAACCUGCCAUCGUUGAAGCUGGUGGUAUGCAGGCUCUUGGCCUUCACUUGACAGAUCCAAGCCAGCGUCUGGUACAGAACUGCCUUUGGACACUCAGAAAUUUGUCAGAUGCUGCCACCAAGCAGGAAGGAAUGGAGGGACUUCUUGGCACUCUGGUUCAGCUUCUGGCUUCAGAUGACAUUAACGUUGUCACCUGUGCAGCUGGCAUCCUGUCCAACCUCACAUGUAACAACUAUAAGAACAAAAUGAUGGUUUGCCAAGUGGGUGGGAUUGAAGCCCUGGUCCGCACUGUUCUCAGAGCCGGUGACAGAGAAGAUAUCACAGAGCCUGCUGUCUGUGCACUGCGCCAUCUUACCUCCAGACAUCAAGAUGCUGAGAUGGCCCAGAACGCGGUUCGUCUCCACUAUGGACUGCCUGUAGUGGUUAAACUGUUGCACCCACCCUCACACUGGCCACUGAUUAAGGCCACUGUCGGUCUCAUCCGUAAUUUGGCACUCUGUCCAGCCAAUCAUGCACCACUACGAGAGCAAGGUGCAAUUCCCCGAUUGGUCCAGCUGCUGGUGAGGGCACACCAGGACACCCAGAGACGCACUUCUAUGGGCAGCACACAGCAACAGUUUGUGGAAGGAGUUCGUAUGGAGGAGAUUGUGGAAGGCUGUACCGGAGCUCUUCACAUUCUGGCCAGAGAUGUACACAACAGAAUCGUCAUCAGGGGGCUCAACACCAUUCCUCUGUUUGUGCAAUUGCUGUAUUCACCCAUUGAGAAUAUCCAGCGGGUAGCCGCUGGAGUUCUCUGUGAGCUGGCUCAGGAUAAGGAGUCGGCGGAAGCCAUUGAGGCAGAAGGAGCCACAGCUCCUCUCACAGAGUUACUGCACUCUAGAAAUGAAGGAGUGGCUACAUAUGCGGCAGCAGUGCUGUUCCGCAUGUCUGAGGAUAAGCCUCAGGACUACAAGAAGAGGCUUUCCGUGGAACUCACCAGCUCUCUCUUCAGAACAGAGCCUAUGGCCUGGAACGAGACUGGUGAUCUAGGUCUUGAUAUGGGUGCUCAGGGAGACCCUCUUGGAUACAGACCAGAUGACCCUAGCUAUCGUUCUUUCCACUCUGGUUAUGGUCAUGAUGGUCUGGGUAUGGAUGGCAUCCUGGAACAUGAGAUGGUAGGCCACCACCCUGGAGCAGAGUAUCCAGUGGAGGGCCUGCCCGACUUGGGUCAUGCUCAGGACCUGAUGGAUGGCCUGCCCCCCACAGACUCAAAUCAGCUGGCCUGGUUCGACACAGACCUCUAAACACUCACACAGUAUAAAAGUAUUGAAGCUGUAUUGUUGAAUGAAUCUGCAUUGUGAUAUUUGAAGAGUCGUGGAAGGUUUGCCAGAGGUUGGGCUAGUGUUUCAGAAAGUGCCUGACACACAACACUUGUCACAGACUAAAGGCAUAUUUCUGAUAGGAAAUAAUGAAAGUCGUCUCCUUUUAUUGCUCCGACCCCUUUUGUUUCUUGCCUUGGAUGGAAAAAUGCAAGUACAGAUGGAUUUUGAUGCUGAUGAGUGCACAUGAAAAAUAUCUUUUAAAGAUGGAACUAUGAAUCUUUUAGCCUUUUCAGUUACUACACCUUUUUUCCUUUUUUUUUUUUUUUUCACCCCUAAAUCAUCCUUUUCAUGGUACUGACUUUUAGCUUUUUUUUUUUUUUUUUUUUUUUGGCCAUAAUUUGUAUUCCAUGUUUUUGUAUGUCUUCUGUAGUGUUAAGUUGUAGUGGACUUGCCUCCAUUUGGUUUCUGGAUCUUAAUCAUGUGCUUGUGUAUAACACUAAUCUCACUUAUGUAAUCUGACUGAAAGUGAAACAAUGUGUAGCUUUUUAUAUGAUUAGUUAAAAUGGUGGUUGUUGGAGUAAAAAUUAUAUGCAUUCUUACAAAUGCUUAAGGUGAGCAAAGAAGCUUUUCAAUGUCACUGUUGUUCCAAAAAGGGUGUGGUUUGGGAGGGGGGUGUAGAUGGGGUUUAUGAGGUAUACACAGACAAAUCUUUUCUAUGCUAUCUGGAGGUAUAGUCUCUAUUGAAGCAACGUCAUUGUUUGUUAGCCUGGGCGGCUUAUUUUGGGAACAUAGAUAAUGACAUAUCUAAUCAAUAAAAUACUUUUAUUCCA